AUGAUAGUUAACCAUGACAACCAUGAUAAGGAGUAUAGCGCAGAAAUUUCUGAGGAGAAGAGAGAGGACGAAUCCUGUCAAAUAAGUGAAUCGGCUUUAUGUCCUCGCAACCGCGAUAAUGGAGGGGCAGGUCUUUUAGGAACCAUUCAUAAUGGCGAAGAAUUGCAUGACGGGAGGAAAAAUUUUGUAGGGGAAAAGUGCAAUAUGUUUGGUGAGGGAAGGAGUCAACAUGUGGAAGAUAUCAACAGUGAUAAUUCUCAGGAAGAAUCGAAAAAAAACGAAAGGGAACAAGCCCAGAGGAGUGACACCAAUGAGGAUUCGGGAAAUAGUGACAGGAGGAAGGUAACCCCAAAUGAACUGAGCAAACAGGAGUACUGCGAGGGGGCGGUUGACCGAACCCAGGCAUGUGGAGCCGUGCAAAGUGACAAGCGGUUCAUCAGUGAUUAUACAAUCAAAGGGGACAGCGGGGGAGGGGCAGAGAGUGAACUCCAAAUUGAGGUGGCUCAUGUACCACGGAGCGACGCAGCGGGUGCUGUAGAAAUCGAGGAGGACGAUUUACAGGAAGAAACGGAGGAUGGAUCCUUAAGCGGCACACUCUAUGGAUCUAUAGUUGGUUCCUUAAAUAGUUCCCAAGUCGGCUCCCAUAACGAUGUCCUGAGCAGUUCUUUAAGAAAUAAUCCAGAUGGUGGCGAGGACGAAACUGUGGAAGCUGUCGUGGCAAAGGAAGAAAUGAUCAACAUUACCGGGCUUUAUCACAGGGGCAUAAACAAAAUAGAGGCAGUCAUCGCCCUGUAUAAAUACUACAGGAACAACUUCAAUCAGCGGUUCAGGGAGCAAAUGAACAAGUAUAACCCGCUUAUCUACUUCUACAGUAACAACAACUUUGAAAAUCACAUCAGUGUGGAUUAUAUCAACUAUAGGGACAAAAUGAAUGCAAUAAAGACGGAAAGACUGUCGAGGCUGGUGUUGUAUAUAGAGGACAUAAACAAAAUAAAACAAGCUCUGAAGGUUAAGCAACAUAACGAAUUAAAAUUAGAGGAUGAUGGGAAGAAGGAGUAUUUUUACGAUGCCAAUGAAGACAUAGAGGACUUCUUCAUUUUUGAUAAUACCGUUUCUUAUCUGAAUAAUGAUGUUGAAAGCAUAUUUUCCGAAGGGGAAAAUUCUUCAUUUUUGAAGGAUGAUGCAAGCAUAGAUAAUUUUUUGGAGGAGCAGAAAAAUAAAACCGGGGACGAGUAUAAUAUGCUAAAUUUAUUUAAUCGUUUUUCUUUGAAAAAUUAUUAUAUGUUCGAUAUUAAUAAAAAUUUGUGUGCGAUAUAUGCGCGCACACCUAUGAUAAUUAAGAGGUUUGCGGAAAAAAUCAACUCUUACAGUAACGCAGAGAAGCCGGACGCUGAUUUGGAUGACACAGAGCAGGAUGGAGGAAACUUUCCAGGUGAACGUGGAAUUGAAGAAAAUGGUAAUUACUAUCCUGCUGCUCGUUCUCGUGAAAAUAAUCAAAAUUUGGAUGCUUACAUUCAAUUUCAUUGCGAGAAGUGGCAGGAGAAUAUGUACGACAUAGUUGAAGUAAAUAGCCUGGAAUUUGAUUUUAAUCGUUUAAGGUGUAACAUAAUGUAA